UUGUAGCGUUCAAGGUUAACAGGAUACAUGUCUAAACUGCUUGAAAUAUUUGCACAAUGUAGUUUGAAUUGUAGUUUUACAUACGUCUAACAACAUUAUUGCUUUACGAAGUGCGAUCUAAUUGGGGGGAAAAGACAGUAGAAAUCGACAAGCAUUCAGGACGCAUGUUAAGUUAAAACUUGAAGGUUGGCAAAAUUGCGAUGGCUAGAUUGCUAGAUUUAUGUAUAAGACAAUGCACCACACCUUUACUCUGCCUUUUGUUUGUCUGCUUUGUAAAUGCGCAGCAGACAGACGAUCGUCCAAAAGUACAACCAUAUGCAAACGCUGCAGACUGCAUUUGUAAACCGGAAGACACACUUUGCAAGUGUACAUUUGUAGUAGAACACCGUUUGUCGAUGGUUCUUCAUGAGGAAAGGGAAUUAGUUCGCGCAGUUAAUGGGUACUUAGUUAAAAAUGUUGACGACAAUAAAAGGUUAACUAAAAAUGAAUCAGAGAGAGUAAUCACGACUGACGGUGUAGGCUCUAGACUCGUCAUUGCUAUAAAUGGUAAAUUUCCUGGACCAAGAGUAGAUGUUUUUGAAAACCAAGAAAUUGAGAUAACGGUUGUUAACACAUUUCAUACUGACAGCGUGACAGUUCAUUUCCACGGCAUACAUCAGAAAGACACACCAUGGAUGGAUGGAGUGGCUUUCAUCACACAAUGUCCAAUCCUUCCUGGUCAAAGUUUUGUAUAUCGUUUUAAGGCAUAUCCACCGGGAACCAGUUUUUAUCAUGCACAUAUUGGGGACCAGCGAAGCAUGGGAUUAUACGGUCCGUUCAUUGUUCGUAAAAGAGAUGUUAAUGGAGGUCCGGGUGAAAUUAUUGUUGCUCUGCAAGACUGGAAUCACAAUAUGGACGCCGAGACAGCGUAUAUGAGGAUGAUAACUGAACAAUACGAUUUCGGUACAAAUCCCCCUCAAAUUGUUAAUACUACAGUUUCGGUCGAUAAUGGCAACUUCAGCAGAUUUGAGUUCAAAUCUGGUCUUAUUAAUGGAAAGGGGAGAUACUGGAAAAGUGCCACUGAACACAACAGCGCUCCAUUAGAAAUCUUUAAAGUUACGACAGGACGCAGUUAUCGUUUUCGAGUGAUUGGUGCCAUGACACUUUAUCCGAUGAGGGUUUACAUCGAAGGAAUUCCGCUGUCAUUACGAUCAUCUGACUGUUUCAACAUCGAAGAUAAUGAUAUCGGGUCAAUUCAGUCAAUUAUUGUACAUCCGGGUGAAAGGUAUGACUUUCUAGCGACCUUCACAGACAAUAUUAGAAAACAGUACCUACUUAUUGCUGAAACGAUUGAGACCAGAGCAAGUCACGGGAAGUACCAUGCUGCAGAAGCGAUAAUAUUUGUCGACAACGCUCCCGGAUCUGUUAAUCUUGCCCCUCCAAACAACAAAGAUAAAACAUGUCUUGUUGAAUCAAAAUGUAAAACAUUUAACUGUCCUUAUGGCUAUACCGGAACCAACACAAACAACUGUUUAAAUUUCAAUGACGUGAAGAACACUGAUCCAUACGGCGAUCCUUCAAAAGUACAAGGAAAUAAAGUUGACAAUGAGUAUUUUUUCAAGUUUGCGUUCCCAGGGUUCCCAGGAAACACGCCAGGGUCAGUAAACGCAAGGGAAUUCAUCCCACCAACAUCUCCGUUGCUGACACAACCAAACGGCCUUACAACUCGUUGUAACGAAGAAAAGUGUCGAGAAAAAGGCGUCUGCGGUUGUACAUACAUUCAAGAGAUUCCUGGAAACAAACUUAUUCAAAUGACGUUCAUGAAUAUCGGAAAUGGAUCAGGAUGGUCACAUCCUGUGCACCUUCAUGGUCAUUCAUUCUUUGUUAUGAAAAUGGGCUUUGGGACAUAUAAUGCUGUAACUGGACAGUUAAUCGAUGAGUCAACAGAUAUUAAGUGUACGGAUAAGUACGGCUUCUGUUCUCAAAUGGAAUGGGCUGACAGCACGUGGAAUGGCGGGAAUAUACCAGGACAAAAUCCAAAACCGCCGACUAAAGACACAAUCGUUGUUCCUACAGGUGGGUACGUUGUAAUUCGGUUCAUCUCGGACAAUCCCGGAAUGUGGUUCCUACACUGCCACAUUGAUCUGCACAAUACUAACGGUAUGGGGAUGGUUGUGAAUGUCAAUCCUGGGAACCAUCCGAAACCCCCAACCGGUUUUCCAACGUGUGGCAGUUUUUUUAAUAACGGCAAACCACAACCGGAUGUUGACAGUGAAUGCCGAACAAUUGUUGGAGACGGCAAUGGAUCAUUAGCCAAUGGAUCAUUUGUUUUCAGUCUUUUGGUCGCACUUAUCUGUGCCAUGAGAGUAUGAAGAAGGCAGUUGACUUGAAAAUUGCAUAACAGGUUGAAUUGAUUGUGAAGUUUUAUUUUAACAAGGAUAUUUCUGACUAAUUUUACUCCUUACCUUUUUAACAUAACUUUAAAGGGAAGCCUAUAUGAAUAUGUUUUAAGUAAUCAGUUAUUUUUAUAUUAUACAUACAAUAUUUUUUUCUAACCUUUGUAGAUUUAUUUUAUUUGUUUCAUGAGCACCUAACGUAAAGGGGUAGAAAAUCUUAACUAUAUAACUAACUAUCUAUGGAAGGAUAUGAGUAAAUUGUGCAAAUAGGAUAAGAGCUUAAAAUGGCUCUAUUCUAGCAAGAUCAACUCAAAUAUGACGCAGAUAUGAUUUUUUCUUCUAUAGAGAGUGCAAGUGUAUGUUUGAUGUUACAAUAGUGAAAUAAGAACGUGGUAUACGUUUAUCACCUGAAAGAAAUAGAGCAGAAUAUAAAAUGAAUUGUGAAAAAGGUAGCAAAAUGCUGUCAAAGCUUUAGAAGACCUGGUGGGAACAUGUUAACUUCAUGAAUUCACAAUUUCCACUUGUUGAAUUCACAUUUUCAACAUACGGUUUAUACUAAUUUACGACUGUAACUAUUCCAAUUUCGUGAAUUCGAAGUUGAAAUUAGAAGAUCGUGUAGAUGAACUAGAUAAUUCAAGAAAUGUUACCACUGAUCUUUCGUAUAAAGUACAAGUUUUUGCUUCUUAAAUUUAAUGCAAAAUAC